ACAGGAAAUGCAUGAGUGUUUUUUGACUCCUAGUGAGCUUGAAACUUAGAAUUGUGUUGUGUGUUUUGAGUUGGUCUCAUUUGAAAAAAUAAAUAAAGAACGAGGGGGUGAAUCCAUGUUAAUUAUUAUUUAUUUUUAAAUUUUUUGUUUUGGAUGUUACCAGUGGAAAAUGCUAAACAAGCAUUAUUUACAGUAAGUGGCAAUGGUCCAGGACCCAGGUAAUUCCUUUGUGGCUGUCACUAGUAAGUAGCGGUUUGUGUAGGUGCUAGCAUCGCCAGCACCUUUGUUGCCUUGUUGUCAUGCAGGUGUUUUCCAUGUACAUAGUAUAAGGCAUGCAGGGCAAGGCUAUGGGCUGAAAGUGCCCUGUAAUCCUAGAUAUACAAUCCUUACAUAAGUUACAUAAACAUUACAUAAGUGUAAGAAUACCCUCCACAUCAGAGACUAGGUCCUUCAGUUAAGGCACAUUACUGCCUAAAAUGUUUUUCCACUGCGUCCAGUUAUGUAGGCCUAUAUUUUUUCAAUGAAAAAGUAUUGAUUGUGGAAUAAAUCAUACUGGUGUUAUUCUGGUAUUGCUACCUAAUCUUUGACUGAGCCUGCCCUUUGAAAUGUACCGGUGUGCUGCACAUAGGAGACUGGCACAUCUGCGCCAUGAGGGUCUAUACGGGUGGUUUUCCACUGGCUAUUUGUCGAGCCAAGCAAGAACCGGUGAAACUGGCUUCACGACACAUCUGGAGCCGAGCAGGGACAGGGGCUAAAGCUCUUGUUUUUAUGUGACUUUUGGAACAAAGGAGGCUAGAGGAAGUUUCUGAUUGGCUAGUUCAUGUCAGAGGUGACAAGCCCUAGUGUCAAAUGUGCAAGAAAAAGAUUCCUGUUGACAAUGAGAAGUAUGCAGACAAAGAUAGACUCACAGACCUGUACCUUCAGCACAUCAUUCCCUUGCCUCAGAGAGACCUGCCAAACAGCCGAUGGGGAAAACGGAUGGAAAAGAAGAGAGCACCCCAAUCUGCAGCUAAUGCACAAAGACUUAGUUCUGGUGCUGAUGGUUCAAGAAAAAGACCAAUAUCUUUUGAUGGCAGCUCAACAAGUACCAGCAUAAAACUGAAAAAGAUAGAGGCAGGAGCCACAGAUCGCUUAAAGCCCCCUCCAUCUGGGAAUCUACCCAACACCCUCCGCAGACUGUCAAGCACCUCCACCAACUGCUCCUCUGAUAGCAGUCCUGCCAAUAACUCCAUAAAGCACCUUCCUGAGAGGGUGGCCAAACAGAACAGUGCCACUACCAGUUACAAAAUCGAAAGUCAAAUCGUCAAAUCGACACCCGCCACAGUGACAGAGGCAUCUACAGGAGGAACAGCAAGCAUGAAAUUAAAAAGAGUGGCGCCCAAAGAAGGAGACCCUGAAGUGGCGGGAGAAUUUAAAUCAUCAGAGACUAAGAAGAAAAUUCAGCAUGUUACCUGGCCGUGAAUUUGUUGCAGACAGUGACCCAUCUUCCAAAGUAACAUCUACAACUUUGCCUUAGCAGUCCCUGUCCACAUGGAGUAGUGGAGAUCAAUGAAUUUAGCAGGCUUUGGACGUAAAGUCUACAAGGACUAAGUGGAAUACUACCUAUCAUCUUGAAAAUGCUCAACUGGAUGUUAAAGAAUUGAUUUCUCUAUUUUCCCAAAUGUCUUUACAUUUAAUUGGUCUAAUAACCAGACUGCAUAUUGUUUGUUUGUGUUUUGUUUUUUUGGGGGUGGGAGAGUUUAAGACCUUUUCAAUGAGAUUUCAAACAGUAAAAUUCCUUGCCUUUUGGCUAAGAAUAAACUACAGUAGAACCUGCCAUAUCAGAUUUAAUGGGUUCCAGGGGUCCACCGGCUAUGUGAAAAUAUCAUAUCUGUGAGGGAGUUGUUAUAUUACACUGUAGUUGUGUUAAUUUCUAACGCUAAUAAAACAUUUGGGUACAGCAGUGUGUCUAAAACAACAAAGUACAGUACUGUAGAUGUACUAUACAAAGAUAAUCAGUAGAAAUUACUGCAAAUAAAGUGCUGUAUUGAAAAUAAACUACUGUAAUACAGUAUCUGGAAAUUUGCAAAACAGCAUUUCAAAAACAUUUUUGCCAAGAAAGUGUGCGUUAAUAACCCAAGACAGAAAUGGAGUUAAAGAAAAAACACAAACUGCUUUUGAAGGUCAGCGAUGUUGUGAAAAAAUAUUGUUUUAGGUUGUUUUUUUUUUUUGUUUUUUUUAACCGUACAGGUUAUAUUAAUGCCUCAAUUUUCUUGUUUUAAGUUAACUUAGUGACAGUUAACGGCAUGCAAGAGUUUCCCAAACGCAAUGUCUUUUCACUGCCACGGGCUCUGCAGCAGUGCCCCGUCCGGUCCCGUCUUUCUUCACGGCUGGCUUUUAUAUGUAACUGAAUUCCAUCUGUCCUGCUAAGAGCUGAAUUUGCUAUUUUAGAUAUAAUACAAUGUGCAUUGUUCAGUUUUCAUCAGUACCAUUCAGUUGGUAGCAGCAUGUGUAACUGACACACACCAGAGGUCCAUCAGUUAAUAGAGGGAAUUGUAUCUUGCUGCCUUUUGAAAGUUUAUAGUUUGUUUUAAUAAAGCUCUCCUGAUAUUUUUCAACAGCAUGGAGUGUGUUUUAGUAUUGGUAGAAUUGUGUUUUUAUCAAUUAUUUACUUACAUAUAAUUAACAAAUUGAAACAUACUAUAAAAUACCAGGUCAAAGGUUUUUAAAACAGGUGCGCUCUACUUAGUUUCCUCCUUUUUUAUAUUGAAAAAAGAAAAUCUGGCUCAUAACUGCAGGUCACCCUAAAUGCAGGUUUUACAUUAUACAGCAAGGGCUUGAGACAGUAGGAGCUCAAGCACCUUGGCAAAACAAUGUCUGAAAGAUUUCUGUCAAUUCAGGGUGGGGUCAUAAAGAAUCUACAGCUAUGGCCAAAAGUUUUGCGUCACCCAUUAGAAUGAACUAAUUUUGUUUCAUAGUCAAAUGAACC